AUGGCCUGUGGUCAUCUCACCCUCGGCGCGCCCGACAAAGCUUUGGCUCUACGCCCUCUAGUCGAUGCCGACUCUACCUCUCGGACACGAAACGCAGACGGACUUACUGAUCAAUCUACGGAUCACGCCAAAGUAGCGCAUGCGUGGGCAUACGAAAUACACGUUCAGGAGCCUUCCGAGCCAGAAGGCUACAGAGUCGACGAGCCUGGGUUGGGAUACGCUUGCUGGUGGCCAGAGGGAGACCAUGCCGCCCGAGCAGAACAGAUUGCCACCAUCUCACGCUCGCGACUUCUACCCGCUCGAUCAAUGGCGUACGCUGAAAUGCUAGCGAUUGCUCAUGCGAUCGAUGUCGAUCUCCAUUCGACUCGUCCGCUGCGAGUACUGACGGACUCUACCUCUGCUGUCGAAGCCUUACGAACGCCCGAAGCGUCGAAAGAGGAUGACAUUUUGGGCGACUUGAUUCGUAUGGUCAGGAAACAGAUGGCUCUUCAUGGCGGAGGAGUUCGAGUCUGUCUCUACUCAGCAGAGAUCAGUGCUACAUCUCCCGCGUCAUCGACUGAUGCGGCACUCGACGGCUAUCCCAUCGUCAGGCUCGAGCAACCAUGUCCCGUCUGA